AUGUCGCGAUUGCCGCAUGUUUGCGGUCUCUGUGUGCUGCUCAGACUCUGGCAGCUGUUGGCCUUGGCCCCGUUCAGAAUUGGUGGGUCAGAGGUCGCCCGCUGUCAGCGAUGGGUGACCCUAAGUGCGGCUUUCAGGUGGCUUCUACUCACCUCGGUGGCACCGCUAAUUGUGUGGCAAAGUUCUGAAAUUUAUGAGGCCACGAAUGUCCGACUUUCGACGGUCUUCAAGACAAUUGCCUUGGGCGCCAUGAUAGGAGAUUUCCUCAUUUCCCUGGCUCUCCUGGGAACCCACCUCCUUAAUCGCAAGGAGUUGGCUCUAUUGGUGACGGGCCUGGCGAGAUUGCAUCGCCGGCGAAGAUUGAGCUGGUGGUCCACCCUGUUCCUGUGGCUGAAGUUGCUCCUCUCCUUCUACGAACUGUUCUGCAAUGUGCCCUUUCUUGAGGGAGCCGGAAGUCGUCUGCCCUGGACCCAACUGGCAGCUUUUGGAGUCCAACUCUACGUACAACAUGUCUCGAGUGUCUAUGCAAAUGGUAUAUUCGGGGGCAUGCUGCUAAUCCUGGAGUGCUACAACCAGCUGGAGCAAGAGGAACCCAUCCUGGCUAGACUUCUGCAAAGGGAACGCAGCUGGCUGAGAUUGGUCCAGAGAUUCGUGAGGGUCUUUCAGCUGGGCUUCUUUCUCCUGGUCAUUGGCAACUUCAUCAACAUCCUGGCCAAUAUUUACGCCUUCAUGUCGUAUUUUACCUCCCUUCAUGGGGUCCCCCUGACCAUUUCGAAUAACUGUCUGAUUAUGGCAGUCCAGCUCUAUGCCGUCGUUUUGGCCGCCCAUCUUUGCCAGGUGAGAUCAGGUCGAUUACAAAAAAGCUGCCUGGAACUGGAAUAUCUACCCAAAGAAUUGACUCGGGAACAGGCCAUGUCCCCAACACCAUUUCCUUUGGUCUCACCCACUGGCAGUGUUAAGUUUUGUAUUUUAGGUCUUUUCACCUUGGACAACUCGUUUUGGCUUUUCCUGGUCUCCUAUGCCAUGAACUAUAUUGUGGUCAUCCUGCAGUUCAGCCUUGAGAACAUGAAACAGGCUUAA